AGGGGGAGUGAAAGGGGGAGGAGGCGCGGGGCACGCCGGGAGGCGGCGCGGGGUUGAUUAGCGCAGGCGCCCGCCGCCAUCUUCCUCUGUCAGGCGGGCGCGCAGCGGGCAGCAUGGGGCACCAGCAGCUCUACUGGAGCCACCCCAGGAAGUUCGGGCAGGGAUCGCGGUCCUGCCGCGUGUGCUCCAACCGCCACGGCCUGAUCCGUAAAUACGGGCUGAACAUGUGCCGGCAGUGCUUCCGCCAGUACGCCAAGGAUAUCGGUUUCAUCAAGCUGGAUUGAGCGCUGGGAGGAUGCGGCUGUCGCCAGAUGCUCCUGCGGCUUACCCAGGCCUCCCUGAUCCACCUGCAGUAUCUCAGCGCAGCUUUACUCAAUAAAUGGUCUCCCUGCCCA